GCUUUUUGAAACUCUAGUGAUUCUGCACAACUUCAGCAGUAACUGCAGGGCUACUCACAAAUGCUUCAAAUGCAACUGUGAGCAAAAGGAUUACCAAUACAUUCUGCGAAGAGAAUGUCUUAGUAUGUGUCGCAUUUCCCUCUAAAAAGUAUUAAAGAACGACAUGGAUCAAGUAGAACAACUUUCUGCAAACAGAAGGAAGAGCUUCCUCUCGGUUGACAAGAAAAAGAGCCAUGGCUGUAGAACCAUUGUGGGAUUUUUAUGCAUAUUCCCUGUGGUGGCUUUGCUGGCUAUUGUGGGAGAUCCAGCUGGAGCUGCAGUUCAGAAAAGUCAGGAAGAUGCCACAUCACCUGCUCUUCAUGGAGUGAGUGCCUCUGUUUUGCACAGUCCAGCUUUCCCACCUCGGCCUCCAGCACGGAGAAAACGAUACACGAUCACACCAGGGCACUUGAAAUGGGACCACUUCAACUUGACCUACAAAAUCCUCUCCUUCCCAAGAAACCUCAUAAAUGCCAGAGACACACGCAAGGGACUGGCGGCUGCAUUCCGAAUGUGGAGUGAAGUUUCGCCGUUCAGUUUCAGGGAAGUGCCACGCCAUGUAGCUAGCGACUUGAAAAUAGGUUUCUACUCUAUCAAUCACACAGACUGUCUGGAGUCUCUCAUUCACCACUGCUUUGAUGGAACAACAGGGGAACUUGCCCAUGCCUUCUUCCCACCCAAUGGGGAAAUCCAUUUUGAUGACCAUGAGUAUUGGAUAUUGGGAAAUACACGGUUCAGCUGGAAAAAAGGUGUUUGGCUUACAGAUCUGGUACAUGUAGCCGCUCACGAAAUAGGACAUGCCUUAGGACUCAUGCACUCCCUAAACCCCAAUGCCCUGAUGCACAUCAAUGCCACUUUGACUGGGAAAAAGACCAUCUCUCAAGAUGAAGUCUGGGGAAUUCACAGACUUUACGGAUGUAAAGACAGAUUAUUUAUGUGCCCAUCAUGGGCACAAAAAGGUUUCUGUGAGAAACGCAGGAAGCUGAUGAAAAAGCACUGUCCAUCUACCUGUGACUUCUGCUACGAAUUCCCAUUUCCAACGGUCCCCCCUACUCUGCCCCCACCAAGGACAAAAACCAAGACUGUUUCUGAAGGCAGGAAUGUCACCUUCCGCUGUGGACAGAAGAUAAUUCAUAAAAAAGGCAAAGUUUACUGGUAUAAAGAUAAGGAGCUUCUGGAAUACUCAUAUCCAGGUUACUUAUCCUUAAAUGAGGAUCACAUGAGCAUCAUUGCAAAUGCAAUUAAUGAAGGAACUUACACUUGUAUAGUAAAGAAAAAAGAAAGAAUCUUGACUACUUAUUCCUGGAGAAUCAGACUGAAGCACUAACGAGGCCCUGGAAUCAGCACUUCAAUUACUGCUAGUUCUGUUCCAAAUUUGAAAUGUUUCUUUGGCAUUUUCUAUUUAAUCUCCAGUAGCACAACUGAACUAAAUCAGUUGCUUCCACACCUUGGGCAAAAGAGACUCAGACUUGAUGACUGGAAAGUAAAACUUUUCCAAAUUAGUUUUAAUGAUAAAGAAUUUAUCAAGUAUGUGCUGUAC